CGUGAGUGACAUUGGUGUUUAAGUUGAGUUGACGCACGCACUCUCUCUCUCUUCCUUCCUACGGCAUAAAAACUAGAAGCGGUCGAGAGAGAGAGAGAGAGAAUGAGUGGAGGUGGAGCAGAGAAGGUAGUGUGUGUAACUGGAGCAUCUGGUUACAUAGCUUCAUGGCUCGUCAAGUUCUUGCUCCAACGUGGUUACACUGUCAAAGCCACAGUUCGUGACCCAAACGAUCCAAGGAAGAUGGAACACUUACUUGCACUUGAUGGAGCUAAGGAAAGACUUCAUUUGUUCAAAGCUGAUUUACUGGAAGAAGGAUCUUUUGAUUCUCUGGUUGAUGGAUGUAAGGGCGUUUUUCAUACAGCCUCUCCCGUUAUUAACUAUUCUGCUGAUCCACAGACAGAAUUAAUUGAACCUGCAUUGAAAGGAACACUUAAUGUCCUUAGAUCAUGUGCCAAAGUUCCAUCUAUUAAAAGAGUGGUUAUAACAUCCUCAAUGGCAGCGGUUGCAUUCAAUGGAAAACCUCUUGCUCCUGAUGUAUUAAUUGAUGAGACUUGGUUUUCAGAUGCUGCUUUCUGUGAGAAAUCAAAGCUUUGGUAUUCACUUUCAAAGACCUUAGCUGAGGCGGCUGCUUGGAAAUUUGCAAAAGAGAAUGCAAUUGACAUGGUCACAGUAAAUCCAGGGUUCGUGAUUGGUCCUCUCUUACAGCCAACUCUUAAUACAAGUGUGGAGCCAAUUCUGAAACUUGUAAAUGGGGCCAAAACUUUUUCAAAUGCAACUUACAGAUGGGCUGAUGUUAGAGAUGUUGCUAAUGCUCAUAUACUAGCCUUUGAGAGCCCAUCAGCUAGUGGAAGAUAUUGUUUAGUUGGAAGAGUUAUGCACUGUUAUGAGGUUGUGAAAAUUUUGCAUGAGCUCUUCCCUGAUCUGAAUCUUCCUGAAAAAUCUGUGGACGACAACCCUUUUGUGCCAACAUACCAGGUGUCCAAGGAGAGAGCAGAAAAUUUGGGUCUUAACUUUACUCCUGUGGAGGUGAGUCUAAAGGAUACUGUUGAAAGCUUGAAGGAGAAGAAGUUAUUAAGUGUUUGAUUCAUCGUAUUUAACAGCAAUUCUGGCAAAUGAUUAUAAAUAAACUUUGCAUAUCCUUAAACUUUUUCAUUUCAAACAAAAGUUCUAGUAGCACUGACUGUCCUUGAGGACUGAAUUUUGUAAGAUUGUAUAAUGAAGGUAUAGAGAAUGUGUGUGACUCUUUGCUCUUCAAGCAUAUCUUAUAAAGUUUCAAGCAGGCUGUAAAUAAAACAUUGAAGUUGCUGCUGUUCGCUA